CUGUUUGAUCAAUGUGUUUAGUGUUGUACGCAUGGUAUAAAAAGGUGCUGGUUUGUUUUGAAAAUGUACCAUAACUUAAAUAUUGUUUGAUAACACAAUAAUCGUUAAAAUAAUAGUCGGUAAUAUAUAAUGAGCCGAAAAUUAACCAUAUUGUUCGCACCGGUGGAAGGCGUGGGUCACGUGAAUGCGUGCAUAGGUUUGGCUGAAGCGCUGCAAAGUCGCGGUCACGACAUCGUGUUUGUCGUCGACCAGACAUUUAAGGGAAAGCUAUCGCCGUUUGGUUUCACGGAAGAGCUCUUCGAGUCGGGAGAGACGGACCAAAUGCCCGGCGAAAAGUUUGCCCGAUAUAUGCUUGGGUCGGGUCUACUGUCGGACGCGUCGCCCCUCCAGAAGAUGAAGAUAAUGCAAAACAUGUCAUCUCUGGGCAAAAUGAUUGCCACUAAGCGCUCAAAUGAGCCCAAACUGAAGGCAGUUAUCGAUAAAUAUAGACCCGAUUUGUAUGUAUUGGACGACAUCAUGGGUUCGCCGACACUAAUCCACUCGAGUAAGCCGUGGGUCGCCGUCUGUUCAAUGCAACCCUUGUAUGUGUUUUGGGAUGAGAGGACUCCUCCGCCCGGAUCUGGCUUUCCUUCAAAAGGAGACAGAAGUGAAUGGAAAGAGUUUCGCAAAGAGUCCUCAAAAUCGCUAUUAAAUGCCAAAAAUGAUUACAACGAAUGGAUGAGAGAAGAAGGCUUUCCGACCAUUGAGAUUAAAAAUGCCGUUCCUUUGAAGUCACCCUUUCUUAAUAUCUAUGGAUAUCCCGAAGAAUUGGAUUACACAGACAUCCGACCCAUACCUGAGAAGUGGUUAAGAGUCGACACAUUUAUGAGAAGAGGAGAGAAACAAGAGUUUAAAAUUCCCGAU